AAUUAGCAUGUCAGGUUUCUCCUCUCCAUUAGCUUUCUCCUUGGUCCAUCUAACACCCCGCAGCGAGGGGCUACUGUCAUAGGUCUGAGUGGGAAUGGGACUGAGCUAGGGGGGGUAACAGCUCAGCUUAAAUAAAAACCCCAAACUCCCAUGGUCACCACAGACAGGCUGACCAGGAGCACAGGCACAGGAGGGGCCCAGAAAGUCAGAGAAUACAUAUCUGUGUGCGCUGUUACGCAUCGGUAAUUGCGCUUUUAUGCAUGUUAAGAAUUAAUGAUAAGGUGAGCUUUUACGCGUGUGUGGACAUUGUGGUCUCAGUCAUGACCCUCUCCAAGGAGUUUGAAGCGUCCCAGCAGACUAGUUUUCCCCUGGACGCAAAUGAGGUAGACGUUGUUGGAGACGACGAGCUUCUCCAUGGCCAGCUUCGUCUCUAUCGGACCGAGAACACCACCGAACCUAGCUCCUCCGCCGAGUCCAGCGCCGAACUGGACUGCUCUGAGUUCGACUCGUCCGGGGAGAGCGAGAACAGUUUCUGUGCAGACGCGCCUUCAUCGGGGAGACCACAGAACGGUUCUGUAAAGCCCCCGUAUUCCUACAUCGCUCUCAUCACCAUGGCGAUCCUACAGAGUCCUCUGAAGAAACUGACACUGAGUGGCAUCUGCGACUUCAUUAGCAGCAAGUUCCGCUACUACCGGGAGAAGUUUCCGGCGUGGCAGAACUCCAUCAGGCACAACCUGUCACUCAACGACUGCUUUGUAAAGAUUCCGAGGGAGCCUGGAAACCCAGGCAAAGGCAACUACUGGUCUCUGGACCCCGCAUCUGAGGACAUGUUUGACAACGGCAGCUUUCUCCGGCGCAGGAAGAGGUUUAAGAGAAACCAGCUGGAGGGUGUGAAAGAUGGACUCAUGUUUUACCCGAACUUCAGCUGUUACCGGCCUUACGUGCGACCUUACUGCGUCCAAGACCAAGUGAGCGCACCGGCUCUCCAGUAUAUGCCCGUUCAGGAAGGUCUCGUGAUGCCACCUUCCUCCUACUUACCGUACCCGAGAAUAAGCAGCAGCGGUAAGGUCGUUUCCCCCAGAGACUUCAGAAUGCAACUUUACGCAGCGACACCUGCAGAACAGAAGCCUGCGCGCGAUACCCAGAUAAAGUGUUCAUUCAGUAUUGACAGCAUUAUGAGUAAAACCUCUCCUUCUAUACCACAGAACACAAAUCCACAGAACUCCAACUCUCAUUGUUCUAUUGACUAUGGUAAUCUCCUCACGGGCCCCGCUAGUUGUUUCGUUCCGAGCCUGCGUCCAGCUCCACGGACUCCAUUCUGCCCAAGUGCAAUGUUGAGCGCACCCCCUUUAAUAACAGAGGGUAUUCAAAUGUCUUAUCCUCGUUGUUAA